CACAGGUAAGCCUCACAUAGGCCACGCCCACUCCCAGGUGAGACUUCAGCAAUCACGAAGUCGGACAAAGGUAUCAGAGAGCUCAUCCCCUCUGACUGCAAAACACGGGCAGGAUGGAGACGAUGAAGCCAGAAGUGAAGAAGAAACCAAAGCCGCCAAGACCUCUUCCAAGGCCCACUGAGUGGAAGAGAAAUGACCUGGACAAACUGGAGAAACCGUCUCCCCUGGUGCCUGAGCGGCCUUCAGACUCUGAGCUGGGUCACACACAGUACAGGUUGAGAAAAACAGCAUGGACAAACAAUGAGCCAAAUGGAAACUUGAAGCAAAGAGAGACAAAAGAGAACCCGUCUGAGACGCCUGUGGUUCCACCCAGACCCACAGAAAAGGAACUAAAUGCCACAACCAAGUACAGUCAUCGCAGGAGGGAGCAGUCUAAGGACACGCAGAGCUCCAAAGAAAAGGACCAAUCAGAGGAUCUCAGAGAUGACACAGACUUCAAGCAGAAAAAUCCAUCCGCCCUGUCUGGCAUGUUUAAACGGAGCCAGAAAGAGAAACCGCCUACGUUCACUACUUAUGUGAGCCACAACUUGGACGAUGAUGAAAAACCUGAGGAGGCCCCGGUGAAAGAGUCCUCUGCCAGCAAACAGGGAGGUCUGAAGGAAAUAAUGAAAGGUUUGACGUUCAAGUCGUCACCAAAGACCAGCAGAGAGCCGAGUCCAGAGUCGAGAACGGAGGAAGCAGCUCCAGAGAAGGACAAACAGGAGAAGAACGCAGAGCCCAAACCGGAUAUUGGAGCUCUGUUCACUGGAAUGUUUCGUAAAACUCCAAAAGACAGAUCUGUCUCUCCUGCUCUGACGGUCACCAAAGCGGACAGUGAUGCUGAAGAAACAGAGGAAGCAGAGGAGAAGAGCUCUGAACAGUCUAGUGAAAGAGGAGGCUUAUUUGCUGGCAUCCGUAAAAAACCUGCCAAAACAACAGACGAUAAAGAGAAUCUGAGCGUCCACAGUGAGCUGUCCGCCAGCACCGACAGCCUGUCUGAAAACAAGGAAAAAGGAGGAAUAUUCAGCGGGAUGUUCAAGAAGUCUCCAAAACCAUCAGAAGCUUCUCAAACAGAUGAGGACCAGCAGUCUCUCCAUGAUGACCUCUCAGGCAGUAACGAUAAUCUGUCUGAGAACUCAAAGGACAAAGGAGGAUUCUUCAGCGGGAUCCUUCGAAGGUCUCCGAAGAUUCCCGCAGAGGAAACACCCGAGCAGGAUAAACAAACUGAGCUAUCUGACAGUAAUGAGGCUUUGUCUGAAAACACCACCACCAAAGAAAAAGGAAACGUUUUCAGCGGCAUGUUCAAGAAAUCUCCCAAACCAUCAGAAGGGCCCCGACUGGAGGAGGGUGCAGAGCGUUUAAACAGUGAGCUCUCUGCCAGCACUGACAGCCUGUUAGAAAACAAGGAGAAAGGCGGUUUGUUCAGCGGGCUCCUGAAGAAGACUCCAAAAACAACCGGAGAGGAGAAUCUAUCAUCACAGAAGGAUCUUUCAGCCAGCAAUGACAGUCUGUCCGAGCCUGCAAAGGAGAAAGGAAUUGGGUUCAGUGGAUUGUUCAAGAAGCCACCCAAACCUGCAGACACCUCGUCAGAGGAAGAGAAAGGAAUUGGGUUCAGUGGAUUGUUCAAGAAGCCACCCAAACCUGCAGACACCUCCUCAGAGGAAGAAAAGCAGCUCAAAGACAACGAGCUCUCAGGCAGCAACGAAGCUCUGUCUGAAAACAGCAACAAGGAAAAAGGAGGAAGAUUUGGUGGAAUAUUCAAGAAGCCUCCCAAACCUGCAGAAGCCACUCAGUCUGAUGAGGAUGAGUCUCCUGACAAGGAGCUCUCAGCCAGCAGCGAGAAUUUAUCUGAGAACAAGCAGGAGAGAGGCGGAGGCUUGUUUAGUGGACUUCUCAAAAAGACUCCCAAAGCGACUGGAGAGAGGGCCGAGUCACCUGAAAGAGAGGCUCAGAAAGAGCUGUCAGCCAGCAAUGAUGACCUGUCUGAGGGUAACACCAAGGAGAAAAAUAUUUUUAGCAACAUGUUUAAGAAGCCGCAGAAACCAGCAGAGGGCGCUGCAGCAGACAAGGAUCUGGAGGGGAAACAAGAAAAGACGUUAUCAGCCAGCAGUGAGAAUCUGUCUGACGCCACCGUCCCAAAGGAGAAGAAAGGGGGCCUGGGCGGCAUCUUCAAAAGAUCAGCAAGCAUUGACAACCUGUUUGAUGAGGAGAAAGGUGGUCUGUUCAGUGGACUUCGCAAGAAAACACCCAAAGCUUCUGGAGACGAUGCAGCUGCAGACGACAAGGACGAGCAGAAGGAGCUGACCGGCAGUACUGACAAUCUGUUUGAAAACGACAACACCAAGGAGAAAGGCGGUCUGUUCAGUGGACUUCGCAAGAAAACACCCAAAGCUUCUGGAGACGAUGCAGCUGCAGACGACAAGGACGAGCAGAAGGAGCUGACCGGCAGUACUGACAAUCUGUUUGAAAACGACAACACCAAGGAGAAGAGUUUUUUCAGUGGCAUGUUUAAGAAAACUCCCAAAUCAACAGACGGGAACACUACAGAGGAGGAGUUAGACCAAGAGGAUACAAAGUUGUCUACCAGUGGUGAAAAUCUGCUAGAAGCAUCAACAACAAAGGAGAAGACAGGAGGACUGGGCGGCCUCUUCAAAAGGUCUCCCAAACCAUCUCCACGCUCAAUUCCUGCUAAGAAUCCUCUCAGCCGCUCUGGCAGCUGUGACAGCCUCCCAGGAGCAGAGGGCGAUCUUGGUGAAGUUUCCGCCAGUACUGAGAACCUUAUCGAUGCUACAGGCACAACAAAGGAGAAAAAAGGAGGUUUUUCUGGGAUGUUCAGGAGGAACAAAACAAUAGAACAGGAUAGUGAAGACAUAGAGGCACCAGUAGGAGGCGGUCUGAGACGCAGGAGAACCAUCAAGAAAAAACAACGAGUUGUGUCCUUCAGAGUGAAGAAAACUCUUCCCAAAAUACAGAAGCGUAACGCACAGAACUCAGAAAAGAUGCCUGAGAUUGAGGAGGCUGUGGAGAUGCAGGACCUGAACCCAGCACAGGACAGUUCAGUUGAAGUUGAGCCUGUGGAGAUGGCAGCUUACCCCACUGAAGCCGUCGAUCUUCGAGCUCAGGAGGAGAACGAUGAGCUGUUGGAGUGGUGGAACACAGUCAAAAGUUGGUCAGAGUGGAAUGAGGCGUCGAAUUUCCAGGAGGAGGACGAGGAAACGGCGAUGGAGCAGGCAGCCGAUCGUGUCUACAUGGCGGCUCGUCUGUUUGUGCGUCUCUUCAACCAGAGGGGGGCGGCCCUGCAGCAUCGCAUUCUGGAGCUCUUGGCUCUGGCUGACGCUUCAGAUCAGUUCCACAAGAAAACAGUGUCGGUUGCUGUGGGUGGAGGCGUGGCCAGCGUCGCCGGCAGCAUAGCUACAAUCACGGGGCUCAUCCUGGCACCAUUCACUUUCGGUGCUUCUAUCAUUGUCACAGCGGUGGGGAUUGGUGUGGCGACUGCUGGCAGCAUCACUUCAGCCACAGCUAAUAUCACUGAUACGGUUCACUCCAACAUGGACCGCAAGAAGCUGGAGAAGAUGAUCCAGGGUUACCAGGAGGAGAUCAAAGACAUCAGGGAGAUCAUGGAGUUCGUACAGGCCGGUAUGGACACCCUGGACGAGUGGGACUUUGAAAAAUACUCACAGAGCGCUGCCAAAAAGGCCAUGAACCACAACCUGAAGCACGUGGUGAAGGAGGGCGGCCGUGCAGGGAAAGCUCUGAUGAUCAACACCGAUAAGCUCAUCAGCACUGUGCAGGUGUUGGGAGCUGCAGGCGGAGCCGCCAAAGCUGUCAGUGCCAUCAGUGUCACCACAGGGGUCAUGUCGGCCCUCUUCCUGGCUCUGGAUGUUUUCUUCCUCGCCAAAGACUCCCACGAGCUCCGCAAAGGAGCCAAAACUAAGUUUGCCAGAAAGAUCAGGGACGUGUGCAAAGAGCUCCAGGACGGCCUGCUGGAGCUGAACAAAGUGAAGACGCAGCUGCAGAAGACCAUGGAUGGCAUCGAGGUGGAGGAGUACGAGGAGAUCAAGGAGGUGGAGGUGGAGGUUGAAGACGAUUUUGAGUCAGAUCCAAAGAAGCUGGCCGAGCUGGAGCAGGAGCUGGACCUCAUAGAAGAGAAACUGGACAAAAGGGUCGAGGAGGAGCAGAAAAGGUUGAAAGAGAUUGAGCUGGAGAAGGAGAGGGAGAAGGAGAGAGAGAGGGAGAAGGAGAUGGAGAAUCUGAAAAAGAAGAUGGAGAAGAGCAUGAAGGAAAAAGAGGCAGAGGUGAAGGAGAAUGUGGUUGAGUUUGAAUUGGAGGAUAUUUCUGAUGAGAAGAAAGAGGAGAAGGAGGAAGAAGUCAAAGAGGAAGGAACAAAAGCAGAACCUCUGAAGGGAAAAAAGAAGGACAAAGAGACGGAGAACUGGAUUACAGCUGCCAAAGAAAAGUUUGACUUCAAGCGAGACAAGCCGAAAGACGACAAGGAGAAAGAGAAAAAUAAAACUGGAAAGGAAAAAAAGGAAAUCAAGAGCAAAUCAGGGGAUUCAAAAGAAGAGGAUCCGGUUGAAAAAGUGUACUCUGAGAGGUUUAAGACGGAGAGAGAGAGCCAGAGGAGCAGCAAAGAGGAGGAGAAAGAGAUCAAGCCUGAAUGGAAAUCUGUGAUUAAAGACAGAGAGGCUGAAGGAGGGAGUACGGCAACGAGGUGGCACAGCAGCAGAAGUGACAAAGAAGGACCCCACUGGAGAGAGAGAGGGAGCAAACAUGAAGGGAAGGACGCAGACAGCAGCAGCGUUAGUGGACACGGAAGACGCAGCAGCAGAACGGAGAGCUGGAGGAGGACAGAGGAGGAGAGAGGAGUGAAGGAUUGGAGGGCUGAGGCAAAGAGCAGAGAGGAGAAAAAAGAAAGCAAGGACGGAAGAGAAUCCAGAAGAGAGGAGCACGGAAAAGGUGACAUGAAGAGAGAGUCGUAUCGCAGCCACGAGACCACGUCAUCGAGGAGGGAGCACUCGCAGAGGGAGUGGGGGAGCGACUCAAAGAGGAGUCACCACAGGAGAGGAUCAGAUGACCGGAGGGAGAGAGAUGACGAGAAGCGAGGGAGCAGGAUUGAGAGUGAGAGGAGUAAGUUUGAGAGAGCUGAAGGUGAGGCGGGGGCGAAGGACCAGGAGAGAGUGAGGAGGGGGAGUGACAGGGAGAGGAGAGGGAGUGACAGAGACAGGGAGCACAGACACAGCCACCGGAGCUCUCGAUCCCAAGCCAACGCAAUGCUGGAGGACGGACUGAAUAUUUAGUCACUUGAAGAGAGGUGAUUAACACUCUGAGGUUUUAUAGAUUUAAUGUUCCAGCAGAGGUAGAAGUUGAAGCACUACAAGACUUUAAUAAAACUCAGCUUUUAAAUCAUGAAGCUCAGAGACGUGCCAAAAAAGGGUGCCUGAUGAGACUCUUGGUACUCCAGUACAUGAAACACCUCACAGAAACAUGGUCAAGGUGCCUACAUAUACAGUUUUGACCACUUAGACUUGUCCACUGUUGAGUCUGUGCUGCAAAACCACAAAUUCCCUGUGUGGAUGUUUCUCCUGCUUCUUCUUGUACUUCAGAAGGUUGCUGACACUGAGCUCAUCACGCUGGAGUUGAUGCCAUGGAUGGAUCAACAAGAGUUAUUGUUACUGAAAUUAACACAAUGCAGAAAUAUACAUGCACAAAACCAACAGGCGCUGAGACCGGCAGUCUGAGGUUAAAGUUUUGGCUUCAUUUGAGAACCAACAGGCUGAAGCAGCUAGCUACAAACUAGUAUCAAGCGCAGUAUCCCUGCUGCGAAGCUACAAAGCUAAUAAUUCAUGCUGUAGAUGUCAAGUCGUGAUGCAGGCUUAUAUGAAGGAAUCAUACAGUGCAAAUGCAAAAACCCUGUUGCAAUGCAGCCAAUCAAAUCUCUCACAGUGUACAAAUGAAGCUGCAGUGAGGGACUUCUGCAACAGGUUCUUUAUUCACUACAAAUCAAUCCUUGUGUGUAAAACGGGAUCCGUCUUUUUACUGAAAUCUGAAACUCUUAAUGAUCUUAAAGAUGCUGCUUUGUGGAAGAGGCUGCUACUUAUUUAUAACCAUGAUUUACUGAUGUGUAAACACUGUUACAACUUCACAUAUUUAUCUUUAAAACAGUUUAAUAUUUGAGUGAAAUGUGUCUCUAUAUGAAUGUGUCUGUUACUGACUAUAAUCCUGCAGGUGUUUCAGGGUAAAACUAGGUUUACUGUUAAACUCUAUAUUGUGCCUUUGUUACUGAAAGUUUAGGAUAGGUUUAGUUUUUUAAUUCAGUUUAUGUGUGAGGGAAUAUUUUCAGGAUGUAUAUAAACUUGUCAUGAACAUGUACUCGGAUGGUGUAUUAGAUUGACCUAUUACCAACUACUUUACACUCUGUGCACUUUAACCCUUCUUUGUGUCUUUUAUGCUGUUGCUCUAUAAUUUAAAAUUUUUUGCAACAA